AAAAGCUUGAAGGCCAAAUUUGAAAAGAAAAAUAAUUUAAGGGCCUAGUUGAAGAUAUUUCCCAUGAGUUUUAGUCCUCCUCCUCCUUCCCUAAUAAUUUCCGCGCGUGCUGUCUGCUGCUUGCUGCCUGCUGCCUGCAAACACUCGCCCUUUCUCUCUAACGCAAUGGCGGCCUCAACUCAAUUCAACGCGGGAACCGUACGAUCACCUUUCCGCUUACAAUCUGUAUCGAAAAAGUCCCCGAAGCCGACCAGGAUUAGCUGCUCCGCCGCUACGCCCGCCAAGCGCUACAGCAUUACUCUCUUACCUGGCGAUGGAAUUGGUCCUGAAGUUAUCUCCAUCGCAAAAAAUGUCCUCAAAGUCGCCGGCUCUCUCGAAGGGAUUGAAUUUCUCUUCCAAGAGAUGCCCAUGGGUGGAGCUGCUUUGGAUUUGACUGGAGUUCCAUUACCAGAUGAAACCCUUUCAACUGCAAAAAGUUCCGAUGCUGUUCUCCUUGGAGCAAUUGGAGGCUAUAAAUGGGAUAAAAACGAAAAACAUUUGAAGCCAGAGACUGGUUUGCUAAAGCUUAGAGAAGGUCUUAAAGUCUUUGCAAAUUUAAGACCAGCUACUGUGCUACAACAGUUGGUGGACUCUUCAACUUUGAAAAAAGAGGUUGCUGAAGGUGUUGACCUCAUGGUUGUAAGGGAGCUUACUGGAGGUAUAUAUUUUGGAAAACCAAGGGGUUUUAGCACAAAUGAAAAUGGGGUGGAGAUUGCCUACAAUACGGAGGUCUAUGCUGCCUAUGAGAUUGAUCGUAUUGCUCGUGUUGCAUUUGAGACUGCAAGGAAGCGGCAUGGAAAACUCUGCUCUGUUGACAAAGCUAACGUUUUGGAGGCAUCAAUGUUUUGGAGAAAAAGAGUUACAGAAAUAGCAACUGAAUAUCCUGAUGUUGAGCUGUCACACAUGUAUGUUGACAACGCGGCAAUGCAGCUUGUUCGCAAUCCAAAACAGUUUGAUACAAUUGUGACAAACAACAUUUUUGGUGACAUUUUAUCCGAUGAGGCUUCAAUGAUCACUGGAAGUAUAGGGAUGCUUCCAUCAGCAAGUCUUGGUGAAUCUGGACCUGGACUUUUUGAACCCAUACAUGGUUCUGCUCCUGACAUUGCUGGACAGGAUAAGGCAAACCCAUUGGCGACGGUGCUUAGUGCUGCAAUGCUUUUGAAGUAUGGCUUAGGAGAAGAAAAUGCUGCCAAGAGAAUUGAGAAUGCAGUAUUGGAUGCCCUUAAUAGGGGAUUUCGAACUGGUGACAUAUAUUCACCAGGAAAUAAACUGGUGGGAUGCAAGGAGAUGGGUGAGGAGGUACUCAAAUCAGUAAGCUCCCAAGUUCCUUCUGCUGUCUUGAACUAAAAAAUUGCGAACACCAAAACAUGAGGCUCCAGACGGUUCUAGGAUGUGUGAUAUCAAGAGAAUCUGAAGUGUCAAAGGUAAUGAUGCUUGGUGGAGAAUUCCAUUUUGCCUCUAAGAUGGAAUUUCCUCUAACUUAUCGAUGCCUAGAGUCUUUUCGCAAUCUUGGGAUUUUACAUUAUGUUGUAUUAGACAUCAUUUAUCUAUCAAUUGCUGUUAAGAGAUUGCUCACAAAGUGAUGCAGUAAUAACAUUCACCAUGAUGGAGGUGUAAAACCUGCUGCUUUAAGAAAUUUUCAAUCUGUUUUCUAAUGUCGGAUUCUUUUCUUUUCUUUUCUUUUCUUUUUUUUUUUUGAUACAUUUGAAUGGAUUAUGUAAGAGGAGAUAGUUAUCUCCACUCGAUUUAAGGUUCCA